GAAUUUCUCUUAAUACAACAACUAAAGAUACAAGGUUUUAGAUUGGAGAAGCAACUAUGAAUUAUAAGAAAUCUGUUACUUUCUUCUUCCUCCUUUCUCUUCUCAUCCUUCCCUUCAUGCUUUUCCCUGCCAUAGCUGCUAAUGGAAGAGUAGGAGGCCUGGAGGCAUAUUGUGGUAGUAGAUGCAGAGAAAGGUGUGCAAAGGCAGGGUUUCAAGACAGAUGUAUCAAGUAUUGUGGCAUUUGUUGCAGAGAAUGCAAGUGUGUUCCUUCUGGUACCUUUGGCAACAAGCAUCAGUGCCCUUGCUAUCGAGACAUGCUUAGCUCUAAGGGCAAACCCAAGUGCCCUUAAUUCAAUUUUGUUUCCUUAACUGAGCACUUUUAUAAUAACAAUAACAUGCGUUUGCAUGCAUGCACUUGUCUUAUAGUUGGUUAAUUAGGGGUUUUGAAUGCUUCUUAGUUUCAUUUCUCAUAGUAAGUUUUGAAGAUUUUCUCUCUCUAUGUAUAUAUAUGUGGUUAUUUUGUCUCCAAAAGUAGUUAUACUGUGAAAAUUUUGAAAAUU